AAAGGUCCCCUCUUUUGCCGCAAAAUGGCGAUGCUGGCGGAACCACGUCGCAAACUGAAAUGGUCUGUGGAUCCCCGGAACAGUGCUUGGAGUAAAGAUGAAUCAAAAUUUGGCCAGAAGAUGUUGGAAAAAAUGGGAUGGUCAAAAGGCAAGGGGCUUGGGGCUCAAGAACAAGGCAGCACAGAGCAUAUUAAGGUUCAUUUGAAGAGCAACACAUUGGGAUUGGGAGCGUCUGUGAGCCAGGAGGACAACUGGAUUGCUCACCAAGAUGAUUUCAACCAGCUUUUGGCCGAGUUGAAUAACAGUUAUGCACAAGAUGACCCAGAAUCUACUUACAAAAAUAGAAAGAAAACUUUUAACCUCGAAGAAAAAUCCAAGAUCUCUAAAAAACGAGUUCACUAUGUGAAAUUUGCCAAAGGAAAAGACCUUUCUUCACGAAGUGAAGAUGACCUAUCCUGUAUUUUUGGGAAACGCAAAGUCAAAAAAAUGCAAGUUGAUACUGCUAGCACAGGUUUUCUAGCAGCUGAUUCAAAAGUGAUCAUGCCACCUGACCAAGUAGAUGAGAGCAAUACUGUAACCAGCACUCUUACUGUGCAGGAAUAUUUUGCCAAGCGCAUGACAAAACUGAAGAAAACUCAACAUUGCACCAAAGUAGAACCAGGUAAUUCUCCUCCAGUGAUGGUUGAAACAUUGGAGGGUUUGGAAUCCCAGACAAAGAAGAAGAAGAAACACAAACAUGCACAGGAUGCGGCUGGAGAAUCAAAGAUUAUCUGCACUGGGAUACUAGAUUCAAGCAGAGAUGAAGUGGACACCCAGAAAAAGAAACGGAGAAAGAAAUCUAAACAUCUGGACCCCAGUAAUGAUCUUAUUCAUAAUGAACCUCAAAUUGGUUAUCAAAAGGCAAGACAAUGUUCCUUUGAAACAUCUAAGGAAGAGAAUAAUGAUUUAGGAGAGCAAAAAUCAAAGACAAGGAAAAAGAGCAAAAAAAGUAGACUGGGAUGUAACGAAAGAUGUUGAAUUUAUAAAUCUGCAUGUUUAACUUCUUUGAAAUAUACGUAAAUUUCCAAAAUUUACCCAAAUAAAUAAGCAACAUUUUAUAAAACGGA